AUGACUGAGGAUUGGUCCCUUGAAGAGCUGUAUGACUCUCGGCGAAUAGUUAUAUUUCGGAGGUUUCUAUCCAGAUCAGCUCUGGAAAUCAAAUUUGGUGCUGGUCCUCCGAACACGGGGCCAUAUGAAGAUUUCUGUAUCUCAUGCAUUAAAAGGGGAAAUGCACCCAGCUAUUAUUUCACCCAAUAUGAUAUAAUUCGCCUGGCUGAGUCGUUUCUGAUGGGACCUUCGCUAGGCGGAUUCAGCGCUGAGGCAAAGCGUCAGAUACUCCGCAUUUUGGACACUUUUGACCCUCUCAUUGUCUCUAAGGUCAAGGCUGAGACCGAAGACCUUUUCAAGCUGAUUAUGGGCUUGUCUAAUCCCCAAUCAAGUAACUUCGAGGUAGAGAUCGAGGUGCACCGUUGGGAAACCCUCCUGCCCGCGCUUGAAACGAUUAUGAGCAGAUAU